GCAGAUUUUUCUGAUUUUUGUUUGUGUUUUUUGAUCAGAUUAUUCAUAAGUGCUUUUCGUGACUGCUUUACACGUCUGCUGCUUUUCAUUGUUGUGAUAUCUACGUGACAAUCUGGGUUUUUUCACCCCCAAUAUUUUUGUUUUCUUUGUAAAAAAAGGGUUUCAGCCACUGUUUACUGCUUUUAUGUUAACUAUUAUUAUUGUUAUUGCUCUGUGGUGAUUUUUAAUAGAUCUCUUCUGCUUUCUCCUUGUUCUAUUUGGCUCUCCACUUUGACAGCAUCAUACUUCUUUUAGUCCUUUUCUACUUUGCUGUUUCUUGCUUUCUUGGUUUUCUCUCAAGUGGGGAUUGAAGAUUACAAGUUUUCUCGGUUCUCUCUCCUUCUGUUCUGCAAUAUAGUUUGAAAACUACGUUUGAUUACUGGGAAAACGGUGGAAACCAUGGAAAUUUGAACUUCUGGUCUCCGUCAUCCAUAUUCCAUUCAAUCUCCAGCGAAUGGAUUGAAGUUUGACUAAAAGAAAGGAACAAAAAAAACUCCAAAGUCUUAACAUAUUGAGGUGUGAAAAAACCUUCCCUCAGAUGGUGCCCUUUUGAAGCUAAGAAAAUGGGUGGUUGUGUCUCUACAAGCAGCCACAGUACAUGUAGUAGCCAGAGCAAUGGGGAACCAGUUUCUUCCUCGUGUCUGAGAAUUGGAUUUCGACGGCAGAAGCGAACGAAAAGAACAUUCUCGGACCAUGUUUAUGCUCUGCAGAAUCUUCCUUCAGCUCCCAACAGGAUCUUCAUGAAUGGAAAAAGUCGUUCUUCUUGCAUAUUUACACAACAAGGUCGCAAGGGCAUAAACCAAGAUGCCAUGAUCGUGUGGGAAGAUUUCAUGUCGGAGGAAACAAUAUUUUGCGGUGUAUUCGAUGGUCAUGGACCCUACGGUCAUCUCGUUGCUCGAAAAGUGAGGGAUACACUGCCUAUAAAGUUGAUGUCGUUCUUCGAGUCUCCUCAGUCGAAGCAAAAUGACUCUGGUAAAACCUGUUUUCAGAAGAAUUUGAAGAAACCACCGGAUUGUGAUGGUUCUGAGAAGGAUGGUUUUGUAGAGGAUGGGCUAAAUUCGGUAUGGAGAGAUGCGUUUUUGAACUCAUAUAAAGCUAUGGAUAAGGAAUUGAGAUCACAUCCUAAUCUGGACUGCUUUUGUAGUGGUAGUACUGCAGUCACCAUAGUUAAACAGGGGUCAAAUCUCUUCAUGGGGUAUAUAGGGGACUCUCGGGCAAUCCUUGCUUCCAAGGAUGCCAAUAAUUCGACUGUGGCGACCCAAUUGACCGUAGAUCUUAAGCCCGAUUUGCCUAGAGAAGCCGAAAGAAUAAAACGGUGUAAAGGCAGGGUCUUUGCAUUGCAAGAUGAGCCUGAAGUGCCAAGGGUAUGGUUACCUUUUGAUGAUGCGCCUGGUUUAGCAAUGGCUCGAGCAUUUGGCGAUUUUUGUUUGAAGGAAUAUGGAGUCAUCUCGAUACCCGAGUUUUCUCAUCGAACACUUACAGAUGCGGAUCAGUUUGUUGUUCUUGCAUCAGAUGGGGUAUGGGAUGUGUUGAGCAAUGAAGAGGUGGUUGACAUAGUGUCCUCGGCCCCAACCCGGUCGUCAGCUGCAAGGUUUGUGGUUGACUCUGCUGCUCGCGAAUGGAAACUCAAAUACCCCACCUCAAAAAUGGAUGACUGUGCAGUCGUCUGCUUGUUUCUGGACAGGAGGAUGGACUCCGAAUCCGACUGCGAGGAACAAGGCUUUUUGUCUGCAACAUUGCGGAGUAAUCAUUCGGGUACUGCUAUUGAGUCGGAUGAUGGCCAGAGGUCUGAGCCAUGUCUGCAAAGGAAUAACACUGUCAGAUCAUCCGAAGAAAAGGAUUCUUACACAGGAUUACCUGUUGACGAUAUGGAAAUUGGCGAUGCUGUAGCCGCAGAAGAUCAAAACUGGUCGGGUUUAGAAGGAGUCACGCGAGUAAACUCGCUUGUCCAACUUCCUAGAUUUUCAGAGGAAAGGCCAGUUUCGUAGAUCUUAUAAAAUUCUAGGAUUGUGGAUUUGAAAUGAAAGAUAAAUCUUUCCAAUUGCUGCCAUGUUAAAGGUUUGUGCAGGUACAUUUUUGCCACCAGUGUACGUUGAAUUGCACAAAACUUGACUGCUUUCAUAGAUCAAUUACUUCAAAGCUCUCUGCCAUCGCAAAAGUUUGGCUCAAUGGAUUUAUAUAAUCUAAUCUAACUUAUAUUUCAA